AUGCGACCAAUUUUACUACAGGGACACACACGUUCUCUCACACAAAUCAAAUAUAACGCAGAAGGCGAUCUUUUAUUUUCAGUAUCCAAAGAUCAUGUAGUGAAUGUAUGGUACUCGCACAAUGGUGAACGACUUGGCACAUAUAAUGGACAUGUUGGUGCUAUUUGGUCGGUAGCUGUUAAUUCUACAAGUACACUGUUGAUAACGGGAUCAGCAGAUAAUAGUGCCAAACUAUGGGAAGUACGAACAGGAAAAUGCCUUCAUACGUGGGAAUUCAAAACUGCUGUUAAACGAGUUGCUUUCUCGGAAGAUGACUCGAUGAUACUGGCAGUGACUGAACAGAGAAUGGGAUAUCCCGGAUCGGUGGUUAUCUUGUCGCUUAAUCAAGAUAUUGAUGCUAAACAAUCAGAUGAACCAAUUACAACAAUUCAUCCGGAAGGAUCAAAGGCAAUGGUCGCCGAUUGGGGUUAUCUGAAUAAGUAUAUUAUCACUGGACAUGAAAAUGGGACUAUUUCUCAGUAUGACUGGAAGACCGGAAACUUGAUCCAAUCCAUCCAACCACACACGGCUGAAAUCACAGAUCUCCAAAUGUCCGAAGACAGAACCUACUUUAUCACCUCUUCAAAAGACAAAUCCGCCCAAAUCUUCGAAUCAAAUACAUUAAGCCCACUAAAAAAGUACGUUACUGAUGCACCAUUAAAUUCGGCCUCGAUCACUCCAGUGCAAGAAUUCGUGAUAUUGGGUGGCGGUCAAGAAGCAAUGCAUGUCACAACCACAGGCGCACGUCAGGGUAAAUUCGAGUGUCGGUUCUGGCACAAGAUUUUAGAGGAGGAAGUUGGUCGGGUAAAAGGUCAUUUCGGGCCAAUCAAUACUAUUUCCGUGCAUCCGAGCGGCCAGAGUUUUUCAUCUGGUGGUGAGGAUGGGUAUGUGCGUGUACACCAUUUCGAUCAGGAUUAUUUCAAAUUCAAGUAUCCGGAUUUGUAG